AUGCUCUUGAUGUGCUUUAGACGUAAAUCCCCCAAUGAUAAUGGAGCAUAUAUGCUGAGGAUUGUAUGUGUGGGAGUAAUGGUCCAGCAUAUAAAAUGUCUGGUUUCGUCAUACUUGGUUCCGAACUGUGUUCUGGGGAUCGAUUUCAAAGUUGAUUCUAGAAUAGAUGGAUUAUCCAGUUCAAGAGUGGUGCCUCCAGACCCGUUAGUAGCAAAAAAUGAAGCCAAAGCUGUCUUAACAUUGUUCUUGAAGAAACAAGGUGUCAGCAAUGAUGUUGCUGCAGAAACUAUCAACAAGUCAGACCUUUUCAUUGACCACCUUCUCUCAAGGCUUCAUUUUGUUCAUGAAUCUUGGUAUUUAGUAGGACAAGUACUCACAGCAACUGAAAUCAGGGAUGCUCUUAUUACUUCCCUUGAAGCUCUUCUCAAAGAGAAUGAAAACAAUCUGGUGGAAGUAGUGGAAAAUUUUACAAAGUCACCUGCUAAACUUGCAGCACCUUUUUCUCCAUCUCGUUCAGCUCAUGACUACAAGAAGCUAAAAGCUGUGUCUAGAGUGAGUGAGGCAGAGCUUGGCAUGGACCUUGAGCAGAUCAGGGGAAUGACACACAGAUUCCCUUCUUUUGCAUAUUACAGCUUGGAGGGGAAAAUCAAGCCACUGGUUGAGUUCCUCCUUGAUCUUGGAUUAUCUAAAUCAGAUGUUCAAUCCAUCCUUGCCAGAAGGCCUCAAUUAUGUGGAAUUAGUCUCAAGGAAAAUCUUAUACCGACUAUGUUGUUUUUAGAAAAUUUGGGUGUGGACAAAAGAAAAUGGUCAACAGUGUUAUAUCGCUCUCCAGGGAUCCUUGCUUAUAGCAAGCAGAAAAUUGAAACAACUGUAGAUUUCCUCCAUGAGGUAGGCCUCUCAGCUGAGAGCAUUGGUAAGAUUCUAACACGUUACCCAAACAUCGUAAGUUACAAUGUGAAUCUCAAGCUACGGCCCACGGCAGAGUACUUUUGUUCUCUAGGGGUUAAUGUUGCUGUUCUUCUUCACCAGAGCCCACAGACUUUUGGUCUUAGUAUUGAGGCCAAUUUGAAGCCUGUGACUGAGUUUUUCUUUGAAAGCGGAUACAGUAAAAAGGAAGUUGGUGCUAUGAUUUCAAGAUUUGGAGGUUUAUAUAUUUAUAGCUUGGCCGACAAUUUGAAACCAAAGUGGGAAUUCUUUUUGAGCAUGGAUUAUCCAAAAGAAGCACUCAUCAGAUUCCCUCAAUAUUUUAGUUACAGUUUGGAAGGCAGGAUAAAGCCAAGAUACGCUCUAGUGAAGGAUUGUGGACUCAAAUUCGGGCUGAACCGGAUGUUAGCAUUAUCAAAUCGUGACUUUGAGAAGGCUUUGAAGAAGAAAAUGGAGAAAAUGAUCUGA